AUGUUUCUUAUUCUACAAUCUGUUCUCCUUAUAGCUUUCAUCCUUAAUGAGCCUAAAGCCAUCGCACAACCUUGGCCCAACAGAGUUGCUCCAGUGAACAAACACACAGAUGCCGCCAAGCCACUCUACAGUGUUCAAUUCAUCACAGCUUUUAAUUUUGUUGACAAUUAUUUCAUGAAAGAAAAGUUUGUUAUAGACAUCGAGGCUCCUUUUCCAUGGCGCGACUGCAUCGGGAAUCGUCCUGUUCCUUGUGAAAACUACCAAUGCACGAAUGUGCAAACCAAAUACUUUUAUCAAAGUCCUUCAUGUCAUCCAAUAAACGGUGGUUCCAAAUCACCUGGUUCACAGCAUUGCAAUUGCCCAGUCAAUGUGGUGAGCCCGGUUGAUGGGACAUGUAGUCAAGCCCUGCUAAACUAUGACCAGUUUUCACUUAACGGAAGUGAUGGCAGAAAUCCAUAUACAUCUGUCUAUUACACUAAUUGUAACGCAGGUUGUGCGCCAUCAAGUACCUUCGAGUCCUUUCCUGCAAAUGUGAGAGGCGUAAUGGCGUUUUCCAGAUCCCCUUAUGCAAAACCUGCUUCUGUAUUCUAUAUUCCAGAAUGGAAAGAUAUAUUAGCUCUAUGUUUGCCUAGCACGUUGUCUUCUCCCGGGGUUAUGUUCUUUGGGGAUGGCCCGUAUUACUUUAUUCCAAAGUCUAAUGAUGAUAUAAGAAGUUUACUCUCUUAUACUCCGUUACUAAAGCAUCCUGGUUCUUUUGCUUAUUUUAUCAAUGUCAAAGCAAUUGUUAUUAAGGGAAGAUCUAUCAAUAUCUCAUCUGGGAGGAGCACUACCAAGCUUAGUACGAUUGAGCCUUACACCACUCUUAGAUCAGAUAUUUAUACUAGUGUGGUUCGGAGGUUUUUAAAGGUUACUAAACGAAUCCCUGUUGCAAAGCCAGUUGCCCCAUUUGGCCUCUGCUACAACAUUUCCAAAAAUAAAACCAAACCCGGGUUAAAAGUUCCUGAUAUUCAUCUCAUUCUCCAUGGAGGGAGUAACUGGACUAUAUCCACAGCUAAUUCAAUUAGGCAAGUAACAAGUGACGUUGCGUGUCUGGCAUUUAUUGACGGUGGCGCAGCAAGUGAACCUCCAAUCGUACUCGGAACUUUUCAGUUUGAGGACAAUUUUCUGGUGUUUGAUGUGCACAACUCGACUUUAGGAUUCAGUUCGUCCUUAUUAUUUAAGGGGAAUUCUUGUGCAAACUUCAACUUCACCAUACCUAGUAAUUUGUAUCCAGAAAAAUUGUUUAUUUAGUAUGGGCAGUUAUGUUUAGCCAUAUCUGUUAGAUGUGUACUUAUGCCCCCUGCAGGCACCCAAGAAUAAUAAAAGUUAUUGUUCA